UCGUACAUAUUAUAUAUAUAUUUAUUAUUCUAUUUUCGGAACCGCACAUUUGGCGCGAACAACGUUUCUGAUCACGUUUCAAACAAAUAUACUUAGGCGUUCUCUUGAAAAACGGUUAACUGUCGGCUGGUUUUAUCGAACAUCAUGGAAGAAGCAGUAGCAGCUCGCUUAAAACCGUUUGUCAUUAGUAGCAAUGAUGCUCUUGAAUUCAAAUUUGUUCGUAAAGUUGAAGAUUUGGACGACGAUGAAACCACCUUCAAACCAGAGAUGUCACAUCAAGUAUUUGGAGAUAGUGAAACCAUAUUUGGAUACAAGGACCUUCAAGUAAAAUUGUAUUAUACAGCUGGUAGUUUGGAAACUUAUUUGGGUAUGACUUAUUCUGAAAAAGUAAACAAACUUGUGUGUCAAGAUGUAAAACCUGAUGAAGUCUUGUCCAAAGUAGCUGAAAAGCUAGCACCUGAUGUACAUGAUAAUAUUGAUUCAUUCGUCAAAUCACUUUCUAAAGAUAAAGCUUUUAUACCAGCUGGAGAAAAUAUAUAUUCCUUUUCUGUAGAUGAUGAUGGUUUAGUUAGACAUUUUGAAGUGUACAAAGCUGACAUGAGCAACAAAAAAUUUAAAGAAUACCAUCAACGUUUGCAAACAUUUUUGUUAUGGUAUAUUGAUGCUGCAAAUUUUAUUGAUAUUGAUGACGACCAAUGGCAUUAUUUUAACAUGUUUGAAAGGUAUACAGAUGAAGAUGACUCUGUUCGUUAUGCUACAGUUGGUUUUGCAACUGUAUAUCAGUAUUAUGCUUAUCCCAACCUUACAAGACCCCGGAUAGCUCAAGUUUUAAUUUUACCACCAUUUCAAGGGAUAGGACUUGGAAGUCACUUAUUGAGGGCAAUUUAUCGUGAAUAUAUAAGUCGUUCUGAAGUCAAAGAUAUAACAGUGGAAGACCCUUCUGAAGAUUUUCAACGCUUGAGGGAUUAUGUGGAUGCUAUGAAUUGCCGUACAUUACCUAGCUUCUCAAAGGACAAUCUUGUUCAAGGUUUCAACAAAAGCAUGGCAAACGAGGCUCGAGAAAAGUUUAAAAUAAAUAAGAAACAAUCUCGCAGAAUAUAUGAAAUUCUGAGAUUACGAGUGACGGAUGUAUCAAACGAAUCUGAAUAUCGUGACUAUCGUUUGGAUGUUAAAAAGAGACUCAACAUACCGUACAGGAGAGAGGGAAAUUUGAAAAAACUAGAGGCGGCAUUCAAGUCAAACGAAAACCGACCGGGUGUUUCUUCCCUCUCAAUUAAAGAACAACGUAUUCAGACUCUUGAUAAGGAAUUCAAAGCUUUAGAAGACGAAUACAAGAAAGUGAUUAGAAGGCUUGAUAACAAUUCCGACUGUUGAUUUUUUUUUAUAUGGGUAAAACCCUGUCUUUUUAAAUUUUUUUUUAGUAAUAUUUGAUUUAUUUUUUUAUCAUAUUGAAUUGCAACUCGCAAGUGAGUGUAAAUCUUGAAUUUCUGUUUUUCAUUGUAAGCGUUUUUUUCGUACUUUUUACUAUAUAUUUGUCAUAAAAAUGAGCGUUAAAAAAUUUUCAUUUUUCCACCUAAGAUCGUGUGGUCAUUUUUCAAAGUUCGCAAAUGGUUUUUGUAGUUUUGACGUUACUUCUGUAAACUGUUGAUACGAAUAAAAAUGUAAAUACUCACUCUA